CAGACUGCAGAAGAAGAAAAAAAAUACGACAAGACAAGCAGGAAGCGUUAAACGUGAAAUGAGCCUGUUAUACAUUCAUCGCUGUCAUCGGAUUUCAAAUUUCGGAUGUAGCUGGGUGUUCAGUCCCUUGAACGAGUAGGAUACAACCGCCGGCAGCAUCGGGCGCAUGUAGCAGACGACAUCGACGAGGAAAUGGCCCAAGUCCAGAGGCUCCGAGUCUCACCGGAGCGUUCCCCUUGUGUUUUGUACACAACAGGACUUCGGCGACCACCGCAUGUCUUCUUCAGGUGAUCCUCCGGUAGUAGGCGGGCUACUGUCACGGUCAACACCCCGCUGGGAGUGUCUGUGUCGUCCGAGGUUGAGCUAGAUGAGGGAGACAUGGACGAUGUGAUCACUCUCAGCUCGGACGACUCUGAUGUGGAGAUCGUCGACUCCUUCUCGACCAAGGUCGAGCCUCCGCCGCCGCCGCCUCCUCCUCCUCUCUCUUCUGUGCGGGUUGACGUAGACGCCGUGAACGUCAACAUCCCGCCGCAUUUCAUUGACCUCACAGAUCCAAGUUGGAUUUCUCCAGAACAGAAAAAGUGCAAAAGACAAAAUUCCACUUCCUUAGAAGUGGUAGACUUGACUGAAUGUGACGCAGCAAAUGGGACAGAACAGGAGACCUUGUUACCAAGUUCAACCAAAAAUCAAACCUCAAGCAGAGAAGAUUUUAACUUACAGAAAACCUCUUUUGGAGACUUGACUGUUCUCGCUCCACAGCUGGACUGUGGUGACCGAAAGCCAAAUAUGAGUUAUUUGGAUUCGCAAACACAAAACCAAAAGCAGGAUGAUGAAGUACGUCCCUCUGAUCAAACACCAACUGUGAAAUUGAGACGACUGCCUUUUCUCGAAACGCAUUGCAGAGAACUGGAAACAUCAGGGUGUUUUGCCUAUUUAACUGUAGACUGUACACAAAUGUUACCGAGCUUUAAGCAACUGGACAUUAAAAGUAAUGCACCUGAACGCAUUAGUAAUGUGGGGACGACUAUAGCAUCUUCUGUUCCUUGCAUGGAGCCUUCACUGGAUGAGUGUUCUCCUGCAGUGGCUAAAUAUCUUAUUGAGCAGGAACAACAGGAGAACAGUAAUGAAUUUACAAGUACACAUUUACGCCACAUCUCUUAUCACUCUCCCAUCACCAGACUGAGCCCUUCGGAGCCUUUUGACAUUGACUCCCUGCCCCACAGAAGUCCUGCAUCUUCAGACCAUCAGAGCCAAGUCGAACCACCAGCGAUGUCUGAACAUACACCAGCUGAAAAUGCAUAUGAAUGUCAAUUGGACAAGGCUAAGGCUGAAAGGACCUCAGAGAACCCUGACCUCUUGUGCAGUCGCGUCCCCAGUGAACCUCUUUUGUAUGUGUCUAAAACUGAGGAUACGGAUGGAGGAUCCGGAUACGAGGUAUAUAGAGGCGAUCUAGACAAUGACAGCCCACUGUCUUUCCCAUGGCAUGAGGGGAGUGAUGAAGCUAACGAAGAGAGCAGAUUUGAUGUAGACUUCAGGGCGGCCAGUGAAGAGGACAGGCAUUCUGUGUGUCCAGUUACACUCAGGAAAAUAAUGUCUGGACCAUGUCAAGCCCUGAUUGAGGUGGUAGAUGAAGAGUAUGGAACUCCGGAGGUGCUGUGCCGUCAGAGCCUGAGUCUAGUUUACAGUACCAUCGACGAGGACUACCCAGAGGGCACUUUGCAGCUCUUGUCUGACCUAGUAAUGCCUGGUUACUACCCCCCCAGAGAUAUCAUGAUCCAUCUACUCUGCAACAUUCUGCUCAACCAAAAGUGUCCCCAUCACCUGUGUGUGCAGGCGUUUAGUCUGCUGAUGAGGGCACAGAAACACCACAUGGCUGAUAAAACCACAGUUCCAUGGGACUGGGAGUUGUUGACCUCAGUUUUGGCCAAUCAGGACUGCACAAAGAGACAUCAGUGUGAGGUUGUGCGCAUGUUCCUGGAGUACGUAGUGGAGACGUUGAAGGACGACUUCCAGGCCAAACGCUCCGUUUCUGCCCUCAAUCACUCGAUCACCAAAGCCACGUUGUCAUGUGAUCAGCAGUUCCCUCGGGUGAGGGAUGUCAUCAAGUGGCUUUUUUCUGCCAUAAUGAAAUCGACAGAGUACGGAGAGAGUAGGGAAACAGUCAGAGAGAGAGAUGAACAAAUCAGAAUGGUGUCCGUCUUCCAGAGGAUGCUGUCUCUGGCUCUGGAGGUGGACCGCUCUCCAGCUCUCAACUCUGUCAAGCUGUCCCAGGAGCUCUUCCACAUGCUCAUCAGCAAUGUGCCUCUGCGAGCACACAGGAUGUUGUUGCUGGAGAGCCUGCAGAGCAAGCUGCUGAGAUGUAAGCUGUUGGAACAUCUGUUGGACUAUGCAUGUCCACUGAAAAUCUCUCUGCCCAUGUCGCUCAGUCUGCUGCUUCACUUUCUGAAGAACUGCACUCUAGCGCCAGACCCAACGGAUGGUACUGAAAGGUGGCAGCGGUGGGAAGAGCUGGUCCAUCUUCUCUGGAUGUUGCUGCUCAGCUACAACACAGAGAUGAAAGGUGAUCUGUGCAGCUCAGUCAGUGAGCAAAGAGGCGGAGUUGGCACGAUGAUCCACAAGCCAGAUGAUAAAGUAUCCAAGUCAGCCAUUCGUGAAGCUGUGGACGCCUUCCUGUCCAGAUCCCAGGCUGACCUCGGCCAGGCGUUACCUCUCCAUGUGGAAGAGUCCCUUUCUUAUCUGCAGGAUCACCUGCUAGAUGUCUGUCAGUGUUGAAUUGAAACUUGUUCUCUUGGAAGACCUAUAAAGCACUGAAUUCAUUUGAUAUUUAUAUUUUUCUAUGAGUUAUUGUACAGAAGAACUAUUUUUUUUUAAAUACAUGCUCUGGCUUGUUUGGUUUUGUGGGGCACGUGCUUUUUUUUUAAAUGAACUUCUCUUCUAGCCAACGAAACAGUAUCCGUCUUUUAUUAAGUAUAAUCUUUCUUGGAUGUCUGUACAGAUUACACCAUUACUUUUAUAGGCCACACCGCUGUUAUUGUUAAACUGGUCAUUCUGUUAAAUGUAGCACAAUUUUUUCAUGAUCGAUAAUAAAUUAAAGUGCGGUACCCUAA